AUGAAACCCAGAAACCAAACAGAUAUUUUAGAAUUUCAUCUUAUGGAAGUAACAGAUGAUCCAAAACUGAAGUCCCUCAUCUUUAGCCUGUUUCUGUCCAUUUACCUGGUCACCGUCUUGGGAAACCUGCUCAUCAUCCUGGCUAUCAUCACUGACUCCAAUCUGCACACCCCCAUGUACUACUUUCUCUCCAAUCUGUCCUUUACUGACAUCUGUUUAAGCACAACCACAAUUCCAAAGAUGCUGUUGAACAUACAAGUACAGAACCAGAGCAUCACUUAUAGAGGCUGCCUCAUGCAGGUUUGCUUUGUCCUGAUUUUUGCUAAUUUGGAAAAUUUACUCCUUGUGGUUAUGGCUUAUGACCGCUAUAUAGCCAUUUGUCACCCACUGAGGUACACAGUCAUUAUGAACCUCCACCUCUCUGGCCUGCUGAUUCUACUCUCACUGUUCAUUAGCAUUUUGAAUGCCCUGUUCCACAGUCUGAUGGUGUUGCGACUGUCCUUCUGUACAGACCCAGAAAUCCCCCUCUUUUUCUGUGAAAUUGCUCAGAUCAUCAAGAUUGCCUGUUCUGAUACCCUCAUCAAUAGCAUCCUGGUUUAUUUUGCAGCUAGCAUAUUUGGUGGUGUUCCACCUUCUGGAAUCAUUUUCUCUUAUACUCGAAUUGCUUCCUCUAUUUUGAGAAUGCCAUCAGUGAGUGGAAAGUAUAAAGCUUUUUCCACCUGUGGUUCUCACCUCUCAGCUGUCUCCUUAUUCUAUGGGACAGGUUUGGGGGUGUACAUUAGUUCUGUAUUUACAUACUCUUCCAGGAAGAUGGCAGUAGCUUCAGUGAUGUACAAUGUGGUCACUCCCAUGUUGAAUCCCUUCAUCUACAGCCUGAGGAACAGAGACAUGAAAGGAGCCUUGAGAAAAAUCAUUGGUAGGGUACCUUCUUUUCAGUGA